AUGGUUGUCACCGAGGGAAUUUAUAACUUCAUUACACUCAUGACUGUAUUGUUAAUUGACCUCUACAACAAAAGGCAAGAAAAUGAUUCAGGGAUGUCUAAGUAUAUCUUGAAACAACCCAGUCUUAACUAUGAUGAUCGUAAAAGGCUUGAGAUUUUUCUUGGUAAUCAUAUCCCUAUUAUUGGAGGAGUGGUUGGAUACAUAGCAUUUGGGAUAAUGUGUUCAGUUAUUUACCCUUGGAUCUUCCAUCAAAUUAAGUUCUAUCACGUAGCCACAUUAUUCAUCACCAUUUUUCCAGUGUUCUUCUUCAGCAAUACAUAUGUGACAGGACUCACGGAUUGGACAGUUUCACCAACUUAUUGUAAGGUCGUACUUUUCAUUGUAGCAGCAUGGAUUGCCAAACCUGGUGCAGUUAUUGCUGGCCUUGCAGCUUGCGGUCUAGCAUUGAUAUCUCUUAAUGUUUCUUGUCAAGCAAUGCAAGACCUCAAGACAGGUUAUAUGACACUAACUUCUCCAAGAGUUGUAGUUGCAGGGCAUAUUUAUGGUGUAUUAAUUGCUUCUAUUAUCAACCCACUCAUCUAUCUUUUCUUCAAAGCACAUGCCAAACAAUCUGCCCCCCUUGGAACAAAGAAUUCAAUAUACCCAUGCCCCGGCGCAGCAGUGUACCGCGCCAUUGCCCUACUUAGUACCGGAGGAGUAAAGGAGCUACCUAAACAUUGUUUGACAUUUUGUUUCAUCACCAUCGUCAUAACAAUAGCUCUCGAAACAAUUAGAUUAGUGUCUCAGAGGAAAGCUUGGAAAGUACAACAUUACAUCCCUUGUAUGACAGCAAUAGCACUACCGUUCCUCGUUGGACCUACCUUCACCAUUGAUUUUGCUCUAGGUUCAGUAUUGUUAAUAAUAUGGACCAAGGUAAAUCGACAAAGUGCAGAAUUAUUGUCAUCAGCAGUUGCAGCAGGCUUAGUAUGUGGAGAUGGAAUAUGGUAUCUACCAUCAUCAUUGUUAGGCUUCUUCAAUGUGAAUCCUCCAAUCUGCAUGAGAUUCCUAGCAAGUGGAAAACCAGCGGAGUUGGCAGAUGCCUUCUUAAAUACGUUGGGGACACAAGGAAUGCCAUGA